AGAGGCGCAAUACUCCCCUCACCGCAUUUCUUAGCAAACCUCAGCGAGCGAAGCGAGCACCACAUUGCGCCAAGAGCGCAAUACACCCCCACCCACAUAGAUGGAGGUGGUGGCUGAUGAUGGGUUCGGAGGUUCUCCAUUCCCUGCAAUCACGGACGAACCACUCCAGAAAGCGUCUGCCAUCGAGGUCGUUGCCAAACUGCCUAUUCCACCAAACGCAAUCGCAAUCACUGGCGACGGUGAUCUCUAUGUGUCAUUCCAUUCGCGACACGACCGCGGAAAUUUGAAGUUGGCGAAAUGGGAUCCAAAAACGCAGAACCUCACCGCCUGGCCAACUGAGAAACGCCAACUCAGUUACUGGCAAAUCACGUCGCUGAAGCUUCACGGGAACUCGUUAUACGCCCUGGACGAUGGUAUCAAUGGCCUCACCAACAAGCCAAAGGUCGUCGCUUUCGACCUCCAAAAGGGAGACGAACGCCUCCGUUACCGAACAGGCACAGGACGUGGAUCACUGGUCGCCGACCUAGCAGUCCACCCUGACGGCAAAUCCCUCUACAUCGCCGACGCUUCAAUGAUCCGAGGCUUGCCAAAGAUCUUUGCGAUCGACGUCGAAACCGGUGGCAGGAGUGUUGUGCUCAAGGGGCAUCACUCGUUGAAGGCCAACAGAUCUGCCUCCAUCUUGGAUGCUACAGGCACACAUACCCUGCGAUGGGCCUAUUUCGGGGCAUUCCCCUACCGCCCGGCCGUUUCAGCGCUCGCCAUCGACGCCAAGAACGACGCAAUGUACUUUGCCGCACCCUCGUCACGAGAAGCGUUCAAGGUACCCCUGAGUCAACUCGAUUACGCCCGUGACACCAACUCCCACAAAUCCGCGCGCCCGUACGUUUCCAAGUUUCUGGACCAUAAGCCCGUCUCGGGAGGGAUGGUGGUCGCUACCAAUGGGGAUCUCUACAUUGCGGACCCGCAGACCUCUGCUAUACGGGUCUACUCUACGAGGUCGGGACAGCCUGUGCUUAAGACGCUGGUGCGGGAUCCCGAGGUUCUGAGAUGGCCCGGGCAGUUGGCGAUUAGGGAUGGGUACCUCUAUGUGGCUUGCUCGGCUCUUGAUACGGCUUUCACGGGACGGAAAGUCGAGGGAGGAGGUCUGGUUGUUCGUGUGCCGCUGCUGGUGUGAGGCCAAUACUUAGAAGCGCUUUGUGAGGAGAUAUCUACUAGGGUAGCCAUCGUAGGAGAGCACACUUGCAUGUAGCGCAGAUAGAAAUGCAUAAGCUAUAGGGGACUCGAUGUGUUUCCUGUCUAGAGCUCCCCGAAUGAAUCUAAAGCUAGAGUUCAUUCCAGG